AUGGUUGUAAGAUCGCUGGAAUUCUAUGACUUGACGUCUUCCGAAGAGGACAACAACGAACUGCAUGUGCCUGGGCGUUCCUCUCGAUCCGCAUCGCUUUCGUCCCCUUCUCCACGAGCGUACGAAUUAAAGGUACCGUCACCUGUUCGAUCACCGAGCGGGCCGAAGCAAGAUAAAAGGAGCUCGAAAACCUCAUCUGAGCGAACCUACGCAAACAACAUGUCGAUGUUUGAUCCCACCGCCAAGACUGAUCGUCAGCCUCCUCCAAUGCCCGACACAGUCGGUGUGGAGUAUCCAAGAGCGGCUAGUUGGGCAUCGGGCUCAUGUGCAGCUGUGCUAAAAGACGAGAAAGGGUGCCAACUUUUCCGCUGUUUCCUAUACGAAGCGUUAGCUGAAGAGAAUCUUUCGUUCGUGGAAGCUGUGGAUAAGCUGAAGAAAAUGAAAAAUACCGAUGAAAAGAAGACAUACGCCAAGGAGAUUGUACAGCUCUACUCACCUUAUAUUAACCUGAGCAGCGGCGCAAUGAAGUCGCUGAAAGACGCUGUAGAAUCCGAAAAUGUUGAUGCCGAAGGCUUUGCUGCGGCUGUGAAGGAGGUGAAGCGGCUCCUGGAAAACGAUCAAUUCCCUCGUUUUCGUCGUUCAGAGAUUUAUUUGAAUUAUCUAGAAGAGCUGCUACCCAGAGCUUAUGCGGAAAGAUGGGCCACCAGUUUUGAAGCUCUGCUAGGAAAUCAUGUCGGCCGUCAUCACUUCCGCCUUUUCCUGCGUGGCAUCCACGCCGAAGAAAAUUUGCGAUUUUGGGAAGCCGUAGUGGAAUUCCGUGGACAGAAGAACAAGAGCCCAGCACAAUUGACUGCUGGUAAAACUUGUCUGAAUACUUUUCUAGCAGAAGGCGCCAAUAAUGAGGUAUUUCUUCCAUUUGGUGUGCGACAAGUGAUAGAGAAAAAGAUCCAAGAAAAAGAUGUUGAUAUUUCGCUCUUUGAUGAGGCUAUCAAGCAUGUGGAACAGGUUCUUCGCAACGAUCCAUAUGUGCGUUUCCUGCAAAGCCCACAGUACCUUAAUCUACUGGCAAAGCUCAAAAAUUGAUCCCCUCAAUGUGAUUUUUUUCAUUGA